AAAUUAAAGUGCUUGUACUCACGUUCAAAAGAAAAAAAAAAAGUGAUUUGGAAAUUUCAAAGCUUAGUACCAAACGCAAAAGAAAAGAGAUUUUGAAAUUUCAAUGCUUACCAAACACCAUCAAUUAGCCACGACUCUAUUCUCACUAACAACACACAUACCGUGAACAUCACUCCCAACCCUUUAUUACCAAAACGCAAAAACGUGACAUCCACUCUCUCAAUAGCGCGUGAGAACGAGUCCUCCCCCACGACCAACAUAUUCAGUCGUGAGUACCUUGUCUCAUUAUCCCUCCCAUUCAAAACCUUUGAAAAUUUUCGAAGUUCAAGAGAGAGAAAGCAACUAAGAAGAGAGAGAAAGUUAGCAGAACUUCCAUGGCGUCCCGUGAGAACUUCGUCUACAUCGCCAAGCUUGCUGAACAAGCUGAACGCUAUGAAGAAAUGGUGGAAGCAAUGAAGAAUGUAGCAAAGCUAAAUGUUGAGUUGACUGUGGAAGAGAGAAACCUUCUAUCAGUUGGAUACAAGAAUGUGGUGGGUGCUCAUAGGGCUUCUUGGAGGAUUCUAUCCUCAAUUGAGCAUAAGGAAGAAUCUAAAGGCUAUGAUGUGAAUGUGAAGAGGAUAAAGGAGUAUAGACACAAGGUGGAAACUGAGUUGUCUAAUAUAUGCAGUGAUAUCAUGGCUAUUAUUGAUGAUCACCUUAUUCCUUCAUCCUCUAAUGGUGAAUCAAGUGUCUUUUUCUAUAAAAUGAAAGGGGACUAUUAUCGGUAUUUGGCGGAAUUUAAGUCGGGUGAUGAGAGAAAAGAGGCUGCUGAUCUUUCCAUGGAAGCAUAUCAGACAGCUUCUACUGCAGCAGAAGGCGAGUUACCUCCGACGCAUCCCAUUCGAUUGGGUUUAGCUUUGAACUUCUCCGUCUUUUAUUAUGAAAUUUUGAACUCUCCUGAAAGGGCAUGUCACCUUGCUAAGCAGGCAUUUGAUGAAGCCAUCUCUGAGUUGGAUACACUGAGUGAGGAGUCUUACAAAGACAGCACAUUGAUUAUGCAACUUCUAAGGGACAACCUCACAUUGUGGACUUCUGACAUCCCUGAAGAUGGAGAUGAAGAACAAAGGGUGGAAUCUUCGCGAGGUGGCGGAGGUGAAAAUGCCUAGUGAAGAGAAGCUGAUAGGAACUUGUGGUGUGCAUAUGAGAAGGCUACUCUCUUGAUACCUUUGAUAGUUUACCUGGGAUGCUGUAAAAGAACUUGAAGUUUGUCGCAUGAAGUUAAGAUUGUUUGGUGUUUGUAAUUGUAACUUAAUGUUUGCUUGGUUUUGACAUACAUAUUUGCAAAAGGGAUGCUGGCUUGAAUCCAUUCAUCAAGUUACAUAUAUUAUAUUGAUUUGAAUCAUCAUUAUUCCAAA